UUAAGAUGAUAGGGGUGAGACUGUAGAUCGUAGUAGCUGUUGCCGCUGGUGUGUCCUUAGCAGCUGCAGUCUGGAAUGUCCACAGCAGCAGGCCGUCUAUGCCAGCGACUCGGAGGAACCAACGAGACAAUGGAGCGUAGGACUCCAGAAAGGUCUAUGGUUAACAACUUUAAUGUAAAAGGAAGGGUAAACACUGCGGGCAAUCUCUCCAGCAUUCCUUCCUGUUUGUCGUCAUGGCGCCAGUAGGACAGCUCCUCUAUAUAAGGUCCUCCUCUCCUGAGUCCUGAGCCAGAACGACAAAGAGAUCACAACCUUCUGCUUCACCAGAGAGAGGAGGGACGAUCAGCCCUGAACCAAGGGACUCUUUUAAACGCAAAGAGAUACAGCUUAGUUUUAGUGAGACUGCAGAUAUUUUUCAAUUUGCUACAAAAAGAUGACUAAUAUGUCAGAGAGAGCUCUUCUUCUCCUUUUUACAGCACAGGUUUUUGCACUGGCCCUGUCCCAGGUGUGUCCUCGGAGGUGCCAGUGCCCUAAGGAGCCCCCCAUGUGUCCCCCUGGGGUGCCCCUGAUCCUGGAUGACUGCGUCUGCUGCCUGGUGUGUGCCCGUCAGAAGGGGCAGGUAUGCUCUGAGAUGAACCCCUGUGACACUCGGAGAGGCCUGCAGUGUCAAUACGGUUCCGACAUCCACAAAAGAACCGGCACUUGUGUUGCUCACGUGGGAAACGUGUGUGUUUUGGAUGGUUCUGUCUAUCAAAACGGCCAGAGCUUUUUCCCCAGCUGCAAGUACCAGUGCAUAUGCCGGGAUGGACAGAUUGCCUGCGUGCCCAGGUGCACCGUAGACGUGAUGCUUCCUGGGCCAGACUGCCCCAUGCCGCGCAGGGUACAGGUGCCAGGAGAAUGCUGUGAGAAGUGGGUGUGUGAGCCUCAGGCUGAAGCCAGUGCACUGGGAGGCUUUGCCAUGGCAGCCUAUCGUCAGGAGGAAAGUGUGAGCUUCGACAGUUGGGACCCCAGUCUGAACUGCAUUGAGCAAACCACAGAGUGGGGUGCUUGCUCCCAAAGCUGCGGGAUGGGGGUGUCCACCAGAGUCACUAAUAAGAACAGUCGGUGUGAGAUGGUGAAACAGAGCCGACUGUGUAUGAUCAGACCCUGUGACGACCUGCAAGGCCAGACUCAACUAACACAGCUUGCACCAAAGAGAGGCAGUAAGUGUCAGAGGAUGGUGAGGAGUGACAAAGCGGUCCACCUCUCCUAUAAGAACUGCACCAGCGUCCAGGCCUACAAGCCUCGCUACUGUGGCUCCUGCAUUGAUGGACGCUGCUGUACCCCCCACAGAACCAAGACUGUCUUGGUGGAGUUCCAGUGUGGUAACACUAAAACCACCAGGAGGCCAGUAAUGGCUAUCCUCACCUGCGCCUGCCACAACCACUGCCCCCAAGACAACACUGUGUGGCCGCCAUCAGAGCUGGGCAUGAGCGGCAUGAGGUUAUAGGCCAUAAAAUGAACAGUGGGCCAAGAUUUAAAAUAAUAAUUUCUGUAAAUGCAUGAGUUACAUUAACUCUGAAGUGUAAGAUCACAAGGCACAAACAUCUACAAGCCUAACUUGCAGUAUAUCCAAAGUGAAAGUGAUCAUUGGGUUAAGAUUUUGGCAUGUAUUUUUUUAAAACGAGAAUCCUCUUUUGAGGUUAAGAUAGUAGAGAAUUGAAUAGCUCUGUAUGUCUCUCCUGGAGAGAGUUUUUAUUGUGUAAAUUCCUGUGGACGAAAUAGUGUCGACUGCAAUAUCAGUACGUAGAAUUAAAGCACUUAAACCUCAUCAAGUUGCUCCACCUCUGGAGAUCAGAAAGAAAAUAUUAGCAAUCAGGUGUUGGUAAGAUUGUUUGUCUGCAAAGAACACAAGAUUACAGCGGGCUGUGUUCAGCCUAAAUUAUGAGGGGAAAAGCUUUGGCAACAUAGCAAUGCCAUACGAUAAACUUCCUACUUUAGCUCUGUGACACUAAAUAAAAAAUAAAUGACUAGACACAAAGUAUAAAAAGCAUACUAUAGUCCUGUUUUCACAUUGAGACAAUAUGACUAUUCUUACAAGGUUUCCUUUCAUAGGGACUGCUGUAGAAAAUGUUCAACAGCGAGACACGUUCCUGAAAUAGCUGGACUAUGUACUUUGACCCGGUCCAAACAAAAGGCUCAGCCAAUGAAAGAGAGGUCACUGUGGUGACUGAGUGUCAUUUCUAACAUCUGCCUGAAAGCUUACCCCUGUUGUGGAAUGCAUAAUGUCUGGUCCUGAUCAGUAAAUGUAUGUCUUUUACUUUUAAAGGUAGUGCACAUCAACAACAGACAUCUCUAUGAUGACAAAAGUUUUGUAAAUGCUUGCUGUAUAUGUCGACUGUGUAUGAAAUACACAACUUUGAUCAGUAUUAAUGUAAACAUGAAUCUGUAUAUAUUGAAAUGUGGUAUAAUUUUGCUUACUACUUGAAACAAAUUUCAAACUGCUUGUUCCUGUAUC